UAACCACCGCCCUUACUAAGAAGUGCUGGAACCUGCACGCUGGGUUCGCCUGCUCUCCUGCACUCAAGCAACGCAUCCGCCAUUUCAAGACUCCAGCCAGUUUCCAUCGAAGUAGACAGACACAACCAGUCUCCCCUACCUUCAGAUCCUCGUUCAACUUCAGCUCAAAUCAGCAAAUACAAUCCGCCCAUACUGAUACUCGCUUUUGGCUACUCUUGCUGUCCGACAGUCCGUAAAUACUCUGCCGUUGUCAACAGAUCAGCAUCCCUACUCCGAUCAUCAUGAAUCCCGAAUACGACUAUCUGUUUAAGCUGCUGCUUAUCGGAGAUUCCGGUGUCGGAAAGUCUUGCUUGCUCCUCCGAUUUGCCGAUGACACCUACACGGAAAGUUAUAUCUCUACCAUCGGUGUCGAUUUCAAAAUUCGGACCAUCGAACUUGAUGGCAAGACCGUGAAACUCCAGAUUUGGGAUACCGCUGGCCAAGAGCGGUUCCGAACUAUCACCUCGUCCUACUACCGCGGGGCCCACGGAAUCUGUGUCGUAUACGACGUGACUGACAUGGACUCCUUCAAUAACGUAAAACAGUGGCUUCAGGAAAUUGACCGCUAUGCCACUGAAGGCGUCAACAAGCUGCUUGUGGGCAACAAGAGCGAUAUGGAGGACAAGAAGGUUGUGGAAUACACUGUGGCAAAGGAAUUUGCCGAUAGUCUAGGAAUCCCGUUCCUGGAGACCUCCGCCAAAAACGCUUCGAAUGUUGAACAGGCUUUCUUGACGAUGGCAAGACAGAUCAAGGAACGCAUGGGCACUGCGACCGUCAACAACAAGCCUACCGUACAGGUUGGGCAAGGCCAGGGUGUUCAAUCUGGAUCCGGAGGUGGUUGCUGCUAAGUUCUUGUUAAUCUGAGCUAUGUACGGGUGCAAUCCAUCGAAGGUGUGUAAGCACACCGCCAGGGUAAUGGCUGAUCUGCUAGCUCCCUUUGGUCGAAUGGCAUUGUACGAAACCCGAUAUGGCAAGGAUGAUAUCUACGAAUUGCUUCAGAUCUGGGGUGAUGAUCGGUGAUGAGCACAAAUGCUUCACCCUGCUUAGACGGCUUGUUGAUUUUGUCUUAAUAUCGCGUACAACCGUGGUGCUACCUAUUGUCAUUUCCUCUAUGUUUCUCUUUUCUUUCUUACUGCCUCUUUUAUCACUGGAUUCUUAGUUUUUUUUUUUCUUGUUCGUGUUGCGCUUCAAUAUCUUGUCUUUGUUCUUUUUAUUUUCCCUCUUCGUUUUUAAACAGCAUCCUCGAUCUAGUUUUCUCCGAUAAUAUUGUUUUCGCGAGUUCAUCUUGACUGGUGGGACUUCCUGCGUAUACCUUACCCGGGUUAAGUAAUGGAGAAAAACAUGACUAUCGCCGACAUACUGAUCUGGUGAUGUAUUUAGCACUAGUUCGUGAAUUUUGCUUCGGUUUUAUUUGUGCCAUUCCAUGGACAAGGGGG